AUGUGCGGGAGUGGUGUUCAGCCCAACGUGGUCGUGUACAGCUGCUUGCUUCGUGGGUACUGCAGGUCCGGCAGGUGGCGGGAUGUAGGCAAGGUGUUUGAAGAAAUGUCCCGCCAGGGGAUCGAACCGGAUGUGAUCAUGUUCACUGGUUUAAUCGAUGACUUGUGUAAAGAGGGAAGGAUGGGUAAGGCUGCAAAGGUGAAGGACAUGAUGGUGCAGCGGGGGCUGGAGCCAAAUGUAGUAACAUACAAUGUGCUCAUCAAUUCCCUGUGCAAGGAAGGAUCGGUAAGGGAGGCGCUUGCAUUGAGGAAGGAGAUGGAUGACAAGGGUGUGGCACCGGAUGUUGUGACAUACAAUACCCUGAUCGCAGGGCUUUCUGGUGUGCUUGAGAUGGAUGAGGCAAUGGGUUUGCUUGAGGAGAUGAUUCAGGGAGAUACUGUAGUUGAGCCUGAUGUGGUGACUUUCAACUCAAUUAUACAUGGACUAUGUAAGAUCGGUCGGAUGAGACAAGCAGUCAAAGUUCGUGAGAUGAUGGCCGAGAGGGGGUGUAUGUGUAACUUGGUGACUUUCAAUUAUCUGAUUGGUGGAUUCCUUAGGGUUCACAAGGUUAAGAUGGCUAUGAACUUAAUGGAUGAGCUGGCUAGUUCUGGAUUGGAACCUGAUUCAUUCACCUAUAGCAUAUUGAUAAAUGGCUUCAGCAAGAUGUGGGAAGUUGACCGUGCGGAAAUGUUCUUGCGUACAAUGAGGCAACAUGGGAUAAAAGCCGAGCUAUUUCACUAUAUUCCUUUGCUUGCAGCUAUGUGUCAACAGGGAAUGAUGGAGCAAGCUAUGGUUCUGUUCAAUGAAAUGGAUAAGAACUGCGGGCUCGAUGCUGUCGCAUAUAGCACAAUGAUCCAUGGCGCUUGCAAAUCAGGGGAUACGAAAAUGGUUAAACAGUUGAUUAAGGAUAUGCUUGUUGAGGGUCUGGCUCCGGAUGCCGUGACAUAUUCAAUGCUAAUCAACAUGUAUGCAAAAUUAGGAGACCUAGAAGAAGCUGAGAGGGUGCUUAAACAGAUGACUGCAAGUGGCUUUGUGCCUGUUGUUGCUGUAUUUGAUUCACUGAUCAAAGGCUAUAGUGCUGAAGGCCAGAUAAACAAGGUUCUGAAAUUGAUACAUGAAAUGAGAGCCAAGAAUGUAGCUCUUGAUCCAAAAAUUAUCUCGACCAUUAUCCGCCUUCCUGAACAGACGCCGCUGCUCUGGUCUGCCACCACCGCCUCGGUCCCUCACAGCCAUGGGCCAUCAAUAUUGCAAUCAGCUCCACCAUCCCUCACUCCCGUCCACCACUAUCAUGUAGCCUUGACCAGUCGUGCCCUGUGA